GCUCUUCUUAUAACGGGAAGAAAAAGGGACACGACAAAAGUAGAAAUCGCCAUCUAAAGUAGCAAAAAGGACUCGAAGCGCAUAAAAGGCAUUCACGAUGGAUGUUGCCGUUGAAAUUCGCAAGGGGUACAAGUAUUAUGGGAAAUCCGAGAGUGACCCGAGCAAAAAAAUCAUUCUCAAUUAUCUGGAUAUGAAAGUAGAGCCCGGAUCAAUUUAUGGACUACUUGGAGCCUCAGGUUGCGGCAAAACAACUUUACUAUCAUGUAUUAUAGGAUGUAAGCAUUUAAAUAGUGGUGAAAUUUUCGUAUUAGGCGGCGAACCGGGCACUUUAGGAAGCGGAGUUCCCGGACCCAGAAUUGGUUACAUGCCGCAGGAUAUUGCAUUGGUAGAGGAACUUACAAUUAAGGAAACUAUUUAUUACUUUGGGCGUAUUUAUGAUAUGGGAGCCGAGACGAUACGGGAAAAGUACAAGUUUUUGAAGGAAUUGCUCGAAUUGCCGGAUGGCGAUAGGCAAUUGGGACAAUGUAGCGGCGGACAACAACGAAGAGUGUCGUUUGCGGCGGCAUUGGUGCACACACCUGAAUUGCUCAUUCUUGAUGAACCGACAGUGGGACUCGAUCCGAUACUUAGAGAAAAAAUUUGGGAUUUCCUGUUAGAAGAGACAAAAUCGACAAAAUUAGCUGUAAUUAUCACGACGCACUACAUCGACGAGACCAAAAAAGCCUCGAAAAUCGGGCUGAUGCGAGGCGGCGUCUUGCUGGCAGAACAAUCGCCCACAGAAAUCCUCCGGAGCUACAACACGACGUCACUCGAGGAGGCUUUUCUGCGAAUGUGCCUGAAACAGGGCUCCGACGAGGCACGCGACCAUCACACGAACCUCAAUAACGCAAAUGCCGACGUCAUGAAAGACGUUCUUGUGACGAACAACAAUCAUAAUCAUCACCAUAAUAAUCAUAUUGUUGCGAAUGGCGGCGGGCAUUACCAUAAUAAUGUGGUUAACGAUCCAAAGAAGACUGUAAUUACCACGGAAUCCAAUAAGAAUGUCUAUCGGGACUCGAAUUUCGUCGUAGAUACCCAAACGGGCAGCGACUCGAUCGAGAAACGGCGACCCAGUGUCAUGGAAAAGAUGAAAUUCACCUCGAAGACGCGCAUGAAAGCGUUACUUGCCAAAAAUUUUGUUCAGAUGAUACGACAACCGGCCGGAUUAGUGUUUCUUUUCUUCUAUCCGAUCUUGCAACUGGUAUGUUUCUACACAGCAAUUGGCGGCGAUCCAAAAGAACUGAAAAUCGGCAUCGUUAACGAGGAAAUUUCGCACUUUAUGGACUGUCACAAUGAAUCACUUAUUACGGUUUUUGCGCACGAUUAUGAAUGCGAUUGGCACAAAAUAUCCUGUCGAUACCUGAACGCGCUGAACGAAAGUGUGGCAAAGCAAAUUCAUUUCAACACGUGGGACGAGGCAUAUGCAGAAGCACGCAAGGGACACAUUGUUGGCAUCAUUCGAUUUGCGGCGAAUUUCACAGAAGCUCUUUCCGAUAUUCACGCAAACGGCAGAAAAGCGGAUAAUGGAUCUUUCGAUUCGACUGACAUUGAAAUUUAUCUCGACAAAUCAGAUCAGCAAGUGACGUUCUUCUUGGAGAGAAAUCUUCGGGUGACUUUUAAGGAGUUUGCCGAGUCGCUAAUGACAGAUUGCGGAUAUCCAAAGGCUUUGGGAACUGUUCCAAUUACGUUCAUGGAUCCCGUUUACGGAAGCUUGGAUGAGGAAUUUACGGAAUUUAUGGCGCCGGGAGUUGUUAUGACGAUGAUUUUCUUCUUAGCAACUCUCGUAACCUCAACAAUUUUCAUCAACGAUCGUUUGGAGGGUAUUUGGGAUCGAACGCUCGUUGCAGGAAUAAAACCUCUCGAAAUGCUGUUGGCGCACAUCAUCACACAAACUGUCGUCAUGUUGAUUCAAUGCAUGGAAAUUAUUUUCUUAGCGGGCGUCGUUUUCGGAACCGCCAAUAACGGCAACGAUUUUACCGUUAUUUUCCUGCUGAUGCUUCUUGGAUUCGCGGGAAUGUGUUUCGGUCUUUUUAUUUCAAUUUUCUGUGAUUCACAUACCAUGGCAAACUUUAUGGCCACGGGUAGUUUUUAUCCAAUGAUAAUUCUUUGCGGUAUUAUGUGGCCAUUAGAGGGAAUGCCCGAAAUUUUGCGGUAUUUUGCAUACCUCCUGCCAUUCACAAUUCCAUCGAUAUCGGUGAGAAACGUUCUUUCCAAGGGAUGGUCCUUCACCCAUCCAACAGUUUUAAUGGGUUACGUCACAACCUUGAGUUGGAUCGCGGGACUUUUGUUGCUGUGUUUAAUAGGCUUAAGAAUUAAAAAGUAAAUAAAAUUAAAUAAAUUUCUAUAUUAAAAAAAAAUUACGCUAAAAUAAAUAAAUAAAAAUUUUCCUUGUUUCAUUUUUUGUAAAAUGUAAAAAAAAAAAUCUAUUUUUAGGAAUCUUUUAGUGAAAAUUUUCUAAUUUUAAUUUUAAAUAAA